AAAAACAGGGAAAAAAAAUUCUGAACCAAUGGACUGCAGACAUAGUACAGGAGAUGACCAGAGACUGCGGAUACAGUACAGGAGAUGACCAGAGACUGCGGACACAGUAAGGAGAUGACCAGAGACUGCGGACACAGUACAGGAGAUGACCAGAGACUGCGGACAGUACAGGAGAUGACCAGAGACUGCGGACAUAGUACAGGGGAUGACCAGAGUCUGCGGACACAGUACAGGGGAUGACCAGAGACUGCGGACACAGUACAGGGGAUGACCAGAGACUGCGGACACAGUACAGGGGAUGACCAGAGACUGCGGACACAGUACAGGAGAUGACCAGAGACUGCGGACACAGUACAGGAGAUGACCAGAG